UCCUCCUCCCCACUGGCUGAUGAAGAGCAGCUCCUCCUCCUCCCCACUGGCUGAUGAAGAGCAGCUCCUCCUCCUCCCCACUGGCUGAUGAAGAGCAGCUCCUCCUCCUCCCCACUGGCUGCUAUGAAGACCUCUCUGCCGGACCAGCCUCUCCGCUCUCCGCUCUGACUGACCGCUGCGGCUCAUACUUCUGUUGUUGUUGUUGCGUUUUGUUGGCAGUCAGCCCUUCAACACCCAGGUCGUUUAUGGUCACAUUUCCUCCACUUGUUAAUAGCUGUAGCUGCUGGCCUGAGAGGCUAGCUGGCUAGCAGAGGACAGAGACAGAGACAGAGGACAGAGGACAGAGACACAGGAGCGUUAGCUAACAAGCUAAUAACCAGCCUGGAAGGAGAUCCUGGAUUACUGCUGUCUCUAAGCAACCAGUCUGCUGGUUCCACUCACUGCGACAGCAUGAAGAUCACUGUGGACUUCGAGGAGUGUUUGAAGGACUCUCCACGGUUCAGAGCCACCAUAGAGGAAGUGGAGGGGGAUGUGUGCGAGUUGGAAUCCAAGCUCGACAAAUUGGUGAAGUUGUGUAUUGGGAUGAUUGACGCUGGAAAAGCCUACAAUGCAGCCAACAAGCAGUUUGUUAACGGGAUCCGGGAGCUAGCCCAGCAGUCCACCAAAGAUGAGGUCAUCGAGUCCAGUCUCACAAAGUUUGCUGAAAGCCUGCAGGAGAUGAUCAACUAUCACACGAUAUUAUUCGAUCAGGCCCAGAGAUCAAUCAAGACCCAGCUUCAAACAUUUGUCAAAGAUGACAUACGUAAGUUCAAAGAAGCCAAGAAGCAAUUUGACAAAGUGAGCGAGGAAAAGGAGACGGCGCUGAUCAAGAACGCUCAGGCUCCCCGCAACAAGCAGCAUGAGGUGGAGGAGGCCACCAUGAUCCUCACUGCCACACGCAAGUGCUUCCGACACAUCGUCCUCGACUACGUCCUACAGAUCAAUGUCCUACAAUCAAAGAGAAGAUCGGAAAUCCUUAAAUCAAUGUUGUCCUUCAUGUACGCCCACCUGACGUUCUUCCACCAAGGAUAUGACCUCUUCAGUGAACUACAACCUCUGAUGAAACAGCUUGGAGGACAGUUGGACCUGCUGGUGGUGGACGCUGCCAAAGAGAAGAGGGACAUGGAGCAGAAACACUCCACCAUCCAGCAAAAGGCUGCCCUGCAGGAGGUGACUGAGCCCGAGUCUUUACCAGACUGCCGCAACUUUUGCGCUUGGAGGUCGACCUCCGACUUCUCGCAUGACGACACCAAGCUGGAGUACAAUGUGGACGCAGACAAUGGCAUCGCAAUGGAGGGUUAUCUGUUUAAGAGGGCCAGCAAUGCCUUCAAGACGUGGAAUAGGCGUUGGUUCUCCAUCCAGAACAAUCAGCUAGUUUACCAGAAGAAAUUUAAGGACAACCCGACAGUGGUGGUGGAAGACCUGAGGCUAUGUACCGUCAAACAUUGUGAGGACAUAGAGCGCCGCUUCUGUUUCGAAGUAGUGUCACCCACCAAGAGCUGUAUGAUGCAGGCGGACUCAGAGAAGCUGCGACAGGCCUGGAUCAAAGCCGUCCAGAACAGCAUCGCCACCGCCUUCCGCGACAAGGGAGACGAAGGCGAGAAGCUGGAUAGGAAGUCGUCCACAUCAACAGGGAGCCUGGAUUCUGGCGGGGAGCCGAAGGAGAGACCACUGAAAGGAGAGAGCGCCCUGCAGAAGGUCCUCGCCAUCCCAGGCAACACCUGCUGCUGCGACUGUGGCCAGCCAGACCCCCGCUGGGCCAGCAUCAAUCUGGGCAUCACCCUCUGUAUACAGUGCUCCGGUAUCCACAGGAGUCUGGGAGUGCAUUUCUCUAAGGUUCGGUCUUUGACUUUGGAUACAUGGGAGCCAGAGCUUCUAAAGUUGAUGUGUGAACUUGGAAAUGGAGUGGUCAACCAGAUCUAUGAGGCUCGGCGAGAGGAGCUAGGAGCCAGAAAACCACAGCCAGGAGACCCAAGAAGCGAGGUGGAGGCCUACAUCAAAGCCAAAUACGUUGACCGCCGGUUUGUACGCCGGCCGUCAGACGAGGAGCUUCGCAACAAAGUGGUUUCUCUGAGCAAACAGGAGAAGAGACUGAGCAGCAGCUCUGAGCAUCUGCCCCCAAGACCACCACCACCCACCCCGAAACUCCGACCCGGUCAAUCAGCUGUUGCCAGCGGCACGGAGACCCGCCGCGACUCUCUCUUCUGUCCUGACGAGCUUGACUCGCUCUUCUCCUACUUUGACAACUCUGCCAAGCUCAGGAGCAUAAAAAGUGCAGACAGCGGCAUCCAGAACAGCGCUGAUGGGAGCAGGGAGAUGCUGGCCACCACCCCCUCCAAUCACAGCCUGACAGAAGCAGACGCUGCUGAGUCUCCGCCCAUGCCCAUGCCUGCCACACUGCCUCCUCCGUCACCCUGUAAGGAGAUGGUGUUCUACGAGCCUAAGGAGUACAGCUCAGGUCUGCAGCUCUACUGGGCUGCGUGUGCCCGCAGCCUGCCGGACAUGGCGGAGGCACUUGCCCACGGAGCCGAAGUCAACUGGGUCAACACAGAGGAAGACAAGAGGACGCCGCUUAUCAUGGCGGUGCAGGGGGGUUCGCUGGUCACCUGUGAGUUUCUGCUCCAAAAUGCAGCUAAUGUGAACCAGCAGGAUGCUCAGGGCCGAGGACCCCUCCACCACGCCACCAUGCUGGGACACACAGGGCAAGUGUGUUUAUUCUUAAAAAGAGGAGCAAAUCAAAACGCUACGGACAUCGACGAGAAAACACCCCUGACGAUAGCGGUGGAUGCGGCCAACGCAGACAUCGUCACACUGUUGCGACUGGCCAAGAUGAACGAGGAGAUGCGAGAGGCGGAGGGCCCCUACAGCCAGUCAGGAGAUGAAACCUACCAGGACAUUUUCCAGGAUUUCACCCACAUGGCCUCCAAUGACCCGGACAAGCUGAACCGCUACCAGCAGUACGAUACGCAAAAACCCUGACACAACAGAAACACACUAGCACUCAGAGACACUGUCUGCUCAACCCACGCGUGACAAAAAGAUGUCUGGAAAGACGUUGUCCACUUUCCCUCCAACGUCAUUCAGCAUUAAAGCCGGUUAGUGCUGCCACAGCUGGUCUCAUGUCACCAUAACGUGGCCGAAGCUCCUUUUCAUCGAAUUGUAUUCUUGCAGCUGUGUUCACAGCCCUUGUUGAAGGCACUUCACCCAAGUGAAGAGGAACUUCUUUGAACAGUAAACUUCACUUUUUUAUUUUUUUUAACUGUGCUUCCCAGUAGGACCUCUUACAAUAAGUGAAUGGUACAGUGUUAAAGCCUUUGAAAGGAUUUGCAAAGUCCUAAAAGAUUAAAAUGAUAAUUGAACUCGGUUUGAAUGUAGAGCGGCCGCCAUCAAGGCUGUUGGUUGUUUUAAUCUUUUAAACUUCCUGACAGAAGAAAUUCAAAGACGAUUUAUUUUUUCUUUCUUUUUUACUAUAUUAAAAAAAAAGGUGCACUGCAUCAGAGUUGUAAAGAGGUAAGCGCAUGACAGACUGUUAAAUACUCCAUUUAAAUUUUUAAGUGCUUCCUUCUUUCAAUAGGAUUCUCUUUACGAUCAUAGGCAUCUUUUUUUAUAUCAAAGUUUUGCUUUAGUGAACUCUCAGCAGCGUAUACACGACAAUAUGCUUUUACUUAUUUGCACAAAUCUCCUUUGUCUUAAAUUGUGGCUGAUGUUUACCAGUUUUGAUGGUAAGACUUUGACUUGUUAAACAAUGUACAGUGAUUAUGGAAGUAAACAUGUUAUUGAUGCGUCUGCAAUGUUAAAUAGAUGAUAGUUUUUUUGAUUUUUAAAUGCUAGUUAUUUUUUAAAACUUUUCUCUGAAUGAUUUUAAAUUUUCCACGUCAGUUCCUGCAGCAGCAUCAGCUCUUCAGCGUCCCGAUGUUUGUGGAAUUAAAAAGGCUUCGGUUGUGUUGAGAUGAUUUGAAGAUAAUUUGUAGAUCCAGUCUCAUGCUGAUAUUAAAAAAUCAAGAUGUAGAUUUAAAGAUCUCUACAAUAAUAUGGAUCUAUAGAGUAUAUGCAGCUUUUUUAUUCCUGUUGAUUCUAGAGAUACCAGUAACGUUGUGUAAUUUUACAGUAACAACAAUUUCGUUGGAAGUUUCCUGGAGAGAACUGUCUAAUUUGGUGUUAAUUAUAGGAAAUAUAGGAUUUUCCCUGAAAGAAGCUCCAUUAAACCCAAGUAAAUGCCCAUUUAAUAUUGGAAACUUAAAGUUAAAACUCCUUAAAAUGUUCAGUCAUUGUUGAUCUGGGGACACCCGUGGUUACCAUGGUAACAGCAAGUAUGGUUUCCUACUACAGAAAGCAACUGGUGUAUCUGUUUACAGUGCAGCCAAACAAAUUUGCAUUGUUUUAAUAAAGGAGAUGAUCCAUCAUGCUAUAAUCAAUGAGUGCUGACAAAUACUUAAAAUUACAAACAGUAACGCCAGAUUUCAUUACCUGUGAAUCCCUUGUGCGUUGGUAGGCAUUUUGAAUAUGGCGUGUGUAUGGCGGACCCCGCCACUAAUGAUGAAAUCUACUAUAUAGAGCACACAUGGGCAACAUCCGUCCCCGGGGCAACCAGCCCGUGAACCAUCUCAAUCCGGCCUCAAAGGGAAAAAUAAAAACGA